ACAUGGCCAUGCUGCAGUUUCUACAGCAGUUUGUGCAGGCUGCCUUCCUGGCCCUGCACAAGGUCAACAACAAGCUAAUCACUGAGACCUUCUCCCUGUGUGCCCUUGCAACUGCACCCCACAGUGGAGAGAUGCUUUUUGAGGCUGGACACGAGUUCCAACAGGUGGGAGCUGGCUGGUCAUGGAGGGGUGGGGCAAUCAGCAGUGACUCCAAAACUUCCGCAUGUGGAAGGCCACCUUUAUCGAGCUGUGUGCCUGGCUUGCCCCUGUCCUCCGACGAUGGGACACUCACCUGGAGAAGCGGGUCUCCAUCAGCGUCUGGAAGCUUGCCACCCCAUACAGCUACUCGUCAGUGGGCAAACAGUUCGUCGUGGGGAAGUCCACCGUUGGGGCCCUCCUCAUGGAGGUUGAGGGCCAUCAACUCCAUCCUGCUGCACAGGGUCAUCCACUUGGGAGACUUGGACCCGAUUGCUGCAGGAUUUGCCACCCUGGGGUUCUCCAGCUGUGUGGGAGUCAUUGAUGGAACCCACAUCUCAAUCUGCGCCCAGUACAUCAACAGGAAGGGCUAUUUCUCGAUGGUGCUGCAGGCCCUGGUUGACCACCGUGGACAGUUUACAGACAUUUUCAUCAGGUGGUGGGGCAGGAUGACCAACGCCCCGCGUAUUUAGAAACUCCAGCCUCUACCAGAAGCUAGAGGUUGGCACAUUUUCCCCCAGUGUGACUUUGGGGUUGGGGAAUUACAGAUGCCAGUGUGCAUUGUGGGGGACGCUGCCUCCCCCCUCAUGCUGCGGUUGAUGAAGCUGUACGUCUCCACCUGGACCCUAGCAGGGACAAUUCAGUGUCCACCUGAGCCGGGCCCGCAUGCAGUGGAAUGCGCCUUCGGGCACCUCAAGGCGAGGUUCAGAUACUUCCUGACAUACCUCGAUGUGGGGAGCACAAUGUCCCUGAGGUGGUCUCUGCGUGUUGUGUCCUCCACAACGUGGAGAGGAAGGGGGAGACCUUCCUACUGGGGUGGGGGUCAGAGGCCAGUCACGAACGGAGGGCCUUCGAACAGCUAUGCACAGGCCUGUCAGUUGGGGGUGUGCAUCCGGGAGGCCCUGAGCGAGAGUUUCUCUCAAGGCCCCCAGUAACUGUCCCCAGGGCCUCUCCACUAGGGGGAGUACCUUUCUCCACUAUACCUUUCCCAUCACAACCCCUCCCUUCCCUGAACUCUGAAUAAACACAUCUGUUUUUAU